AUGGAUCCAGAACCAUCACAGCACAAGUCUGUGACUAUCGAGUCUGCAUCCACUCCUUAUACGGAUUCAUCCACUCCGCCUUCUGCCAACUCGUUUAGAUUUCCUUUAUUGUCCCCACACCGACUGUCUUCGUCAUCGCAUGUACCAGAAUCACCAGCACAUCCGACUACAUCCGCAACAUCAUCCAGCUCGGUGUUUUCUACGACGUCAGGGUUUCAACGAAAGCGUAGUUCAUUGGUACCAGCGAGGUCUCAUUAUACUAGUCGAUCAAAUCAGGAUUUAAUACCAAAUUCGGCUAUACAGGGUAGCAUUUCUAGUUCAGUACACGAUGUGGGAGUAUCGCUUACCAGCAAGGAGAUUCGUCAACAAACUCACUCCUGGACAAAGAGAGAGUUGGAUAUGACGCUAGGGAGAGACUAUUCCUACGACACAGUUUCAGAACACUCACUAUUGGUUGGUGUGGGAAGUGAGAUGGAUGUAGAUCAUACCCCAGUAUCAAUGCAUUCAGACAAACCCACUGCAGGCAAUUCAUAUUCUGACUCGAUUGUAUUGGAGAAGUCAAGCCGAUCUCCAAGUGUCAGUGUGUCACUGUUGAGCCAGCAAGUCAUUACUCAUCAUAAUAAGAUUCUUGCUGAUAGUGGGAAAAGUCUAUUGCGUUCUCAGACUCCUACUCGUCUGAUGAUUCCUCCAUUACAUGUGACUUUGAUUCCAGAUUCUUCUGCAGUUGGUUGCAGUGAGAAUGCAUGCAGCAAUGACGAGUCCAAUGACGAGUCCAAUGAAACCUCAUUCUUACUGCCAACUCAUCGUCAAUCUGCUUCUCUCCAGUGUCCUGACUGCACUCAUUCUCAAUAUGGUACAUCUGCAUCACAACGCUGCACAUCCCAUGAACAUUCUCAUGAACAUCGCUUUUACCCCUCGUAUUGGCUUCACCUACGUUCCCAAUGCACACUCAAGACUGUAGGAUCUGUUGCACAAACUGGUAUUAAAGCUAUUCCUGCCGUCUGCUUGGCUGUCAUGCUAAAUUUAUUGGAUGCCAUGUCCUACGGAAUCAUCGUUUUCCCUGCUUCUAGCACUUAUGUUCCUGAUUCGGCUGUUCAGAGCGGCAUCUCCAUGUUUUUUGCAAGCACAAUUAUUUCUCAGCUGAUCUUCACUUGUGGUGGCUCGGCAUUCAAGGGUGCUGUGGGCAGCAUGAUGAUUGAAGUCAUGCCUUUUUUGCAUAUCAUGUGUGAAACAAUUGUCAAGGAAAUGUCUGGAUCGUCUACACACGAUAUUACAGCAACCAUUAUGACCUCAUAUGCCAUGAGCACACUUCUCACUGGUAUCGUUUUCCUCAUUCUUGGUAUAUUCAAGCUAGGCAGUCUGAUCCAAUUCUUUCCUCGUCAUAUCCUUAUUGGGUGUAUUGGAGGUAUUGGUCUUUUUCUUAUUUUCACUGGGAUAGAAGUCACUUCAGAUAUCAAGCAAGAAUUCACGCUUUCUUAUCUAUAUCGUAUAUUUGAAUUAUCUGCAUUCAAGUUAUGGGGAACUAGUCUAGCUAUUGCAUUGCUAUUGAAAACCAUUCAGCAACAUGUAAAUUAUAAUCUCUUGAUUCCUAUAUUCUACACGUGUGUUCCAAUCGUGUUUUAUACGAUAACGUUUGCAAUGGGAUUAUCCAUCGAAACUUUACGUGCCGAACAUUGGCUAUUCGAUUUACCAAACUCGUCUGAAAUGCCCUACUGGACUUAUUUUACCUAUUUUGACUUUGGUGUUGUGAAUUGGCGCGCUGUUGCUUUAACUAUACCGACACAACUUGCAUUGAUUUUCUUUGGUAUUCUGCAUGUGCCAAUUAAUGUGCCUGCACUGGCUAUAUCCACUAAGCAAGAUGUGGACUUGUCAUGGGAAAUUAUUGGUCAUGGGUUGACAAACAUUGGCGCUGGAUUGCUAGGUGCACCACAAAAUUAUCUAGUCUACUCCAACUCGUUGCUGUAUAUUCGAUCUGGAGGUGGAUCUCGUAUUGGUGGAUUUAUGCUGUUUUUUGCCACUGCAUGGCUGUGGAUAAAAGGCAGCAUGGUGUUUUCUCUCGUUCCUUGCAUCUUGGUUGGAUCACUGGUUUUUCAUCUGGGCAUCGAUUUGCUACUUGAAAGUGUAGUUCAUACGUGGUUUAUUGGGAUCAAUCGACUUGAAUAUGCAACUAUUUUGCUCAUUAUCGGUGUCAUGGGUGGUAUUGGGUUUACUGAGGGUAUUGUUGUUGGAAUUAUUUUUGCGUGCGUCUUUUUCGUGGUAAUGUGUUCACAGCGAUCCAUCAUUAGAGCAAGUUUUACUGGUUCUCAGCUUCGUUCAACGGUGCAUCGUCUCUAUCGUCAACAGAUAUUUCUUGAUAACUGCGGAGAUCAAAUUCAUGCAAUUAGGCUUCAAGGAUUUAUAUUUUUUGGAACACUGAAUCAGCUUGAAGUGCAUAUUCGAUCCGUGUUUAUCGAUACACCCGAGACUAAAUUUGUCGUGGUUGAUUUUGGGCUAAUACAUGGAAUCGAUUACUCGGCCUUGGAAUCUUUUCAAAGGAUCCGGCGAGUAAUUAACCAAAGAAAAGCUCAUUUAGUGUUUUGUGGGCUAGGCAUGCUAUAUAGAGAUGUGAUCAAGUCUGGCGUGUUUGACGGAGUUGAAGAUGACGAUGCAGUUGAACCAUAUGUUGAUGUGCAUAAUUUCAAUACUUUAAACGAGGCAUUGGAGUGGUGUGAAAACGUUCUACUAGAAGCAUACUAUAAAAAAAGUAACCGUUCCAUUAUGUUGGAAGAUACGCAUUUUGUUACCCCACGCGCACAACAGGCAUGUGCAGCAGCAUCUCUUGUGAUCAGCAAGCAUCCACACCCAAAACAGCAAUCUCAUAAUACAGUAGCUCGACCUGUUUCUAUUCUUCUUCAGGCAUUUUCUGAAGGUUCUCCAUUUGAACCACUUUUAGCAGAACUCUGUGGUUCGAAUUUUGAGCUCAUUGAAGUUGCUGCAGGAGAAACGCUAUAUACUCUUGGAGACGACGCAACAGAGUUGUACGUGAUUGAGGAGGGUGAAUUGGUUCUUAUGAUUCCAGAAAAACAUGGAGCUGGGCAAGUGGUUGAGACGAUGCUACCAGGUACAAUGGUAGGAGAAAUCGAAAUGUUUACAGAUCGACCAAGGAUGUGUUUACUGAAAGCAACGCAAGAUGCUCUAUUGUGGCGACUAAGUCGAGAUGCAUUUGAACGACUUUGCAAAGAUAAUCCAGCGUUGAUGCUGACAUUUGUUACCAAAAUAGCAUUGGCAUAUGAUGCAGUUCGAUACUUUAAUACGCUAAAACAUUGGACGCAAGUGGGUUGA